GCGAUUCAGGCCGCUCGCUGCGCAUAUUGUCUACGGUGGUUGUUCUACACCCGUGUUUUAAUGUUGUUAAAGUUAUGUGGAGUGUUCUGUGUGUCUACAUGUGCUUCAACAGUUUCCACUCGGAUGUACAUUCUUUAAAAGCCCUUGAAGACAGUCCAGUCAUGAGCGCAAUAUCGGGACACAUCAAAUAAGUUUCCCUACUUAUGACAGCUAAGUAAUAUGCUGCCAUUAAGAUGGUACAAAUAAAACACUUUGUAUUCAGUAAGUGACAGUAUAAUAUGGUGACCAAUCGUGUUUAGAAUAUAAGUGUAAGGUCAGUGGUGAAUAUCAGUCGAGUGGUUCAGUGGCCGGAUAGAGGAGAUUGUAGUCUGAAGAGGAUAAACAAAUAUAGAGAGAGGUUCACAGUUGAGUGUAGCAGUGAAAGGCGGAAGGGAGCACCAGGCGGCGCAAGGGAUGCAACAUUGACGAUGAGACCACGUGACUGUUUACAAACAUGGAGGUUGUCUGUGAUACUACUUGCCACCUCCCACGUAGUAGCUGCUCUACCACCGGUCAUCAGGAUUGGUGCCAUUUUCACUCAAGAUCAGAAGGACAGCAGCACGGAGCUUGCAUUCAAGUACGCGGUGUACAGACUCAACAAAGACAAAGAACUCCUGCCCAACACUACUUUAGUGUACGACAUUCAGUACGUCCCGAGAGAUGACAGUUUCAGAACUUCAAAGAAAGCCUGCAAACAAAUGGAAUUCGGUAUCCAAGCGCUGUUUGGGCCCAGCGAUCCACUACUGGGAGCCCACAUCCAGUCCAUUUGCGAGGCCUUAGACAUACCGCAUGUAGAGGCAAGGAUAGACUUUGAGCCUGCCUUCAAGGAGUUCUCUAUAAAUCUGCAUCCGUCCCAAGAGCACAUGAAUCAUGCAUUCAAAGACGUCAUGACUUUCCUUAAUUGGACCAAAGUUGCAAUAAUAUACGAAGAGGAUUAUGGUCUAUUCAAGCUGCAGGAUCUGGUGAAAGCUCCACCCGCAGCGCGCACCGAGAUGUACAUCAGACAGGCCAACCCCUCGACCUACCGUCAGGUGUUAAAAGAGAUCCGACAGAAGGAGAUAUUCAAACUGAUUGUUGAUACAAACCCCAAACAUAUGAGUCAAUUUUUUAGGGCGAUAUUACAGCUUCAAAUGAAUGACUUCAGAUAUCACUACAUGUUUACAACGUUUGAUAUAGAAACAUUUGAUCUGGAGGAUUUCAAAUACAAUUCGGUGAACAUAACAGCUUUUCGGGUAGUGGACGUGGAGGACCCCAAGGUGGCAGACACACUGGAGCAGAUGGAGAGGUUCCAGCCUAUAGGCCACACAAUCCUCAAUCGAACCGGAAUUAUACAGGCGGAACCAGCCCUUAUGUACGAUUCUGUUCACGUGUUCGCAAAAGGCCUCGCAGCUCUCGACCGAAGCCACGUACUGAGGCCUGUAAACUUAUCCUGUGAACUGGAGCAACCCUGGGACGACGGUCUUAGCCUCUACAACUACAUAAACUCUGCAGUGGUGAAUGGCCUCACUGGGAGAAUAGAGUUCAACGAAGGAAAACGAAGCAACUUCAAACUGGAUCUUCUAAAACUAAAGAAAGAGGAACUGCGCAAAGUGGGACAUUGGACACCGGCUGAGGGAAUAAACAUCACGGACUCGACAGCAUUUUAUGAGAGUAGCGCGACCAACAUCACUUUGGUGGUCAUGACAAGAGAGGAGAAGCCGUAUGUAAUGGUUAAGGAAGAUAAGAACUUGACUGGUAACGCGAGGUUCGAGGGUUUCUGCAUCGACUUGCUCAAGUGGAUAGCGACUCAAGUGGGAUUCCACUAUGCCAUCAGACUCGUCCCAGACCACAUGUACGGCGUUUAUGAUCCCGACAGCAAGGAGUGGAAUGGCAUCGUAAGAGAACUCAUGGAAAAGAGAGCUGACCUGGCGGUAGCUUCCAUGACAAUAAACUACGCGAGGGAGAGCGUCAUCGAUUUCACCAAGCCGUUCAUGAACCUCGGUAUCGGGAUCCUCUUCAAGGUCCCGACCUCCCAACCAACUAGGCUGUUCUCUUUCAUGAACCCUCUGGCUGUGGAGAUCUGGCUGUAUGUACUAGCUGCAUAUCUGCUAGUCAGUUUCACCCUCUUCGUCAUGGCAAGAUUUUCUCCUUAUGAGUGGAACAACCCUCACCCUUGCCUUGCAGAGAGCGAUGUCGUUGAGAAUCAAUUCUCCGUCUCAAAUAGUUUCUGGUUUAUUACCGGAACGUUCCUUCGGCAAGGAUCUGGUUUGAACCCCAAGGCGUCGGAGAGCAUGCCCAAUCGUCUCUUCUCUUUCAUGAAUCCUCUGGCAGUGGAGAUCUGGUUUUACAUGCUUGGCGCCUACGUCUUGGUCUCCCUAACUAUCUGGGUAGUGGCACGCUUCUCGCCGUAUGAAUGGUGUCCUCCACCUCCAUGUGGAUGUCAAUACGAAGAUCAUGAGCAUGAUCAUGACCACGGUCACUCCCAUGGACACAGCCAUAACCACGCUCACGGGUACGGUUACGACCAUGUCCACGACCAUGAUCACGAGCUCGAUCACGACCAUGAUCACCACCACGGGCACGAUCACGACCAUGACCACGAACACGUCCAUAUACACGACAACGAUGACGAUCCCUACUCUCGAAUUGCCUCGCUUUUAGUUGUGGAAAACGACUUUACGUUGGCAAACAGCUUUUGGUUCGCCAUCGGAACGCUGAUGCAACAGGGAUCUGAUUUGAAUCCGAAGGCGACGUCCACACGAAUUGUCGGCGGCAUCUGGUGGUUCUUCACUCUGAUCAUCAUAUCCUCCUACACCGCCAACCUCGCCGCCUUCCUCACCGUAGAGCGGAUGAUCACCCCUAUCGAGAACGCGGCUGACCUGUCCGAGCAGACUGAAAUUUCUUACGGCACUUUGGAAGGAGGAUCUACAAUGACAUUUUUUAGGGAUUCAAAAAUUGGAAUCUACCAGAAGAUGUGGCGGUACAUGGAAAGUAAGCGGCCAUCCGUGUUCGUAUCCUCCUACGAGGAGGGAGUCAAGCGUGUAUUGGAGGGAAAUUACGCUUUCCUGAUGGAGUCCACGAUGCUAGACUACGCUGUACAAAGAGAUUGUAACCUUACGCAGAUUGGUGGCCUUCUAGAUUCUAAGGGAUAUGGUAUCGCCACGCCAAAAGGAUCACCAUGGAGAGAUAAAAUCUCACUAGCUAUUCUAGAGCUGCAAGAAAAAGGCGUAAUACAGAUUUUAUAUGACAAGUGGUGGAAGAACACAGGUGAUGUGUGCAACAGAGAUGACAAGAAUAAGGAGUCUAAAGCAAAUGCACUAGGAGUAGAAAAUAUUGGUGGAGUGUUCGUCGUACUGUUAUGUGGACUCGCCCUUGCCAUUCUAGUGGCAAUACUAGAGUUCUGCUGGAACUCAAAGAAAAAUGCCCAAACUGAUCGGCAAUCGCUGUGCUCGGAGAUGGCGGAGGAGUUGAGAUUCGCUGUAAGGUGCCACGGCUCCAGGCAGAGGCCGGCACUCAAGCGGAGUUGUACCAGGUGCUCGCCUGGCACUACGUACGUGCCAGCUGCUCUAGAACUGCCUCACAUCAAUGGGGAGACUGCAAUCCUUCCUAUGAUUGAAAUGAAGAAAUCGUCUCUCUGCUAUGACCCAGAUACCUAGUCUUCGCUUCAGGGCCCCUAUGGUGGCCCUUCAAUACUACUUUAGCAUAAAAUUUCGAUUUCAUAGACUGUGUUGAUUAUGAUAAACUGUGACAAAAGUUAAUUCUCAACUGUGGUUAACGAAGUGCACUAAUAUUUAGGAAAAGUGGCAUGACUUAUUCUAUCAUAGUAAUACGUUCUGUAAAUACCACUUAGUGUUACAAAUAAAUAUCAAUCUCUUUGUGACAAAGAGUCUAUUACGUUUUUAUAGUUAUUGUGAGCGUACUAAAAUUGUAAAUUAUGAAAAAAUAGAAUAAGACUUGGUUUAACUCACAAAACUAAUCGAUCUACGUUAUGACUAUGCAGAGUUAAUGUAUUCAAAACAAAAAAAAAACACUAACUAAACAUAUUUUUGCUAAAGCUCUAUGUAACCUAUUGACAAUUGUUGCUAGAAACGUUAGAAAAGAAAUUUAAUAUUUCCUUCACUGAAUCCUUACAAACUAUAACGUAACGGACCACACAACAUAACAUGAAUUAGGUUGUACUGUUAUCAGUAUAAGUAAUGUCAAUUAUUAAAUUUACAUAUAUGUACGUCAUAAGCUUACCAUAAAAUAGCUGUACUUUUAUAAUUUACUGCAAAUAGGAAACUAGAUAUCACAUUCGCUGAGACUCAAAGACUAAUUUUAGUUUUUGUACAAACUUUUAACAAAAACAUUUGAUUCAAAUAUUAUCCAACUGAUGUUACUCAGUUAGGGAAGUUUUGUAUGUGAAUAUAUAUAACUAACUCCUUAAUGAAAUUAAAGUUAUUCAUAGUGUUGGGCUAGUUUAACAAAUACUCAAUUAUAAUCAAAUGUUAUUUAAUAUAUGAGAAAAGUAAUAUAGGAGACGGUUAGACAUUAUUUCAAUUCAUACAUUUAAUAAAUGUGAUUACUUAGAAAAUGUAAGUGCCUAUGAACGUUAUAUAAAGUAGACGUUUUAAAUGUAGUAACACAUUGUAUAUUGUAUACAUUCACUGGGGUUCCUCACAAAUAAUAUUGUAAAUAGCAAUUACUAUUAUACGACGAAUUCCUUCCAAUUUUCUUUAGUGUUGUAAACAUCUGAAUGAAAAAUGCUAAUUGGAAAUGCUUCUUAUAAUAUUGCUUUUUCAAAAUUACACUAGUAUAAAUCAAAUGCAAUGUCCUAUUGCUGUAAAUGAGAUAAUAUAAAAUGACGAAGUUGUUUCAACAAAAAUGUGCAUGUCACCUUUCAUUAUAUUUUCCAUAAAGUGUAAUAAUUGAACAACGCUCAUCAUUGCCUGAUAACAACGAAAAUUAAAUUUACCAUGUGUUGAUUUGCUGCAAUAUUUCAAUGGGAUGAAUAAAUUAAAACGUUCAUUCAGUGUAUUGAUUGUGGUUAUUGUUAAUAAAGUGCUUGUUUUAUUACAAAACAGCAUAGUUUGUUGUA